CCCUUCAUCCUUACCCUACCUUAUCAAAAUCGCCUCGCGCGAGCAACUCACGCUGCGCACCCGAUCAUUAACGCUCCCGCGCACCUCGCGCAAGGUCUCCCCGUCCCAUUCCGCCUCCGACAGAAACGUACCCCGAUGAGUAAUACAAUACUGUGACAGCACAGCGGCUUCGCGGACGCCCGACAAUGCCUGGCAUCGUGGAGCCAGAGCCCGCCGCGACAGGCGACACCCCUCCCGUCGAACUUCCCGUCGACGACACCCCCCCGCGUCCAUAUGUCGUCUUUACCCAGAAUGUCGACAUCGACAUCGAUUUCCGCGAGAAGCGCAUCUCCGGUCGAUCCCAUAUCCUCAUCGUCCCCACCACAGACAUCUCUGAAGUCUUUAUCGACGCCCGCCAGUGCGAAAUAGACGUGAAGCAGAUCACCGUGUCCAACUGCGAGGUGGACGCCUCCUACCGCGACCCUUGCGAGUGCGUGCACACGCCUGGGCAUUACGAGUGGUCGGCGCCUCAGUGGGGGAUUAGGAAACACCGCAUGGGGUCGCUGUUGCACCAUCGACGCAAAGAAGUAUCUGCGCUGGAUCACGACUUAAAAUGCUGCACCCCUCUCAACGGGUCCAUCAGGGUCCAGCUGCCGAGUGUAGACGAAGUGCUACGGAAGAACCGAGAUUCGCAAAAGAGCGACCAGCAGGACCUCCUCCUACACUCCGAUGGCACCAUAGGCGGCUACAGGAUUAGCAUCCCCUUCAAGCUGAAGAAUUCCUGCGACGGGCUGCAGUUUGUCGGUGUUGACGAGGUGGAUACCCGUUACCCACACGUCUAUACCCGCCACUCCUUCGAACCCGGCACCGCGUCCGCUAUCUUCCCCUGCAUCGACGACCCCGGCUCGCGGAACUCUUGGAGGAUAUCGAUCACCUUUCCCCGCACCGUCAGCGAUGCAUUUUACAAGCCACGCGAGGCGCACCAGCAGGCUAAGGGUGUUGGUGGCCUCAACGGAAGUCGCAAGCGAAAGCACGGCGAAGAAGAGCCCAGGCAUAGGGACGUUACGCUGACCGAGGAAGAUAAGCUUCUCGAGAUGACUGUCGUUUGCUCUGGCUACCUGACCGGUGAAGUGGUUAAUAAGGACGACGAGACGAAGAAGACCAUGACUUUCGAGGUCGACAAGAAUAAAGCGGCGAAACAUAUCGGUUUCGCCGUCGGCCCUUUCGAGCAUAUCGACCUGUGGUCGGAAUUCCGAAGCGAGGAAGACGACACUAAGCUUGGUGCUAACGCCGUCAAGGUUCACGGUUACUGCUUACCAGGUCACGCGGAAGAAGUGAGAAAUACUUGCGCCGCCCUCGUCACGGCCGUAGACCAUCUCGUCCUCACGUUUGGCCGGUACCCCUUUGAGAGUUACAAGGUCUGCUUCGUCGACGACAUGAUCGAGGAGACUAUACCCAUAUGCGCGUUCUCCUUGUGUAGCACAAGGCUGCUGUACCCUCAGGAUAUCGUCGACGACGAAGUCGACACCACCAGAACGCUCGUGCACGCGCUCGCGAGCCAGUGGUUUGGAGUCAACAUCAUCCCCAAUACCAAAGCGGACAUCUGGCUUGUCGUUGGCAUCUCGUGGUUCAUGACCGACCAUUUCAUCAAAGCGCUGUGCGGGAAUAACGAGUUUAGAUUCCGGAUGAAAUCGAUGGCGGACCGCCUCGUCGAGGUCGACAUACGACGACCCUCUCUGCAAGAGAUUGGUGAACACCUCUACCUCGGUAAUUUCGAAGUCGACUUCAUGAAUCUCAAAGCACCCCUAGUGCUUUUCAUUCUAGACCGACGCCUCUCGAAGUCGUCGGGCACCGCAAGUAUCUCCAAGAUCAUAUCUCGCAUGGUCAGCAAAGCCAAUACGUCUGGCCAAGCCUCGGACGAAGUCUUAGGGUCGGAUGCCUUUCGCAAAGCCUGCGAGAAGGCAGGGAACACGAGGCUGGAACAUUUCUGGAAUCAGUGGGUCGUGAUGUCAGGUUGUCCCAGAUUCGACGUCUUCCAGCGGUUCAACAAGAAACGGUUGUGUGUGGAAAUGACGAUCCGACAAACGCAAGACAUCGCCUUUAUCAAAGCCAGGCCAAUCGACAAGGAUAAUUUCUGGAGAGACAUUGUGGAGGAGAGCCACGCUGUUUACGCCAACGAGCCGCAGCAGUCCUUUACCGGACCUAUGACCAUCCGGAUCCACGAAGCGGAUGGCACACCUUACGAGCAUAUUGUAGAAAUCCGGGAGGACGCUGCCAAAUCUGUGAAAUUCGAGAUACCCUACAACACGAAGUAUAAGCGACUUAAGAGAAAUCGCCGGCAACGUGAAAGGGCAUUGGCCAGCAGCAACGCGAGGGGCAACGAGGAAAGCCAGAAGGAUCUCUACUACCUGGGGGACGUCAUGCAACAUCUGGAUGAGAUCGAAGAAUGGGAUUUCCGUGACUGGGACGAGGAAACCGAAGCGAAGAUGGACCAGGAAUCCUACGAAUGGAUCCGGAUGGACGCCGACCUCGAGUGGCUCUGCGACAUGCAAACCAAUCUUCCUCCGUACAUGUACGCAUCACAGCUGCAGCAGGACAGGGAUGUUGUUGCCCAGCAAGAUUCUAUGUUAUUCCUCCACCGGAGCUUCUCUAAGACCGGACCUCACCCCCUCGUAUCGACCAUAUUAACUCGGACCCUGUUGGACCCUCGAUAUUACUAUGGGAUACGCAUAAUGGCGGCGAACGAGCUCCCUCGCCACGCCGUAAACGAGCACGUGAACUGGAUCGGUCUCCGCCAUCUCCUCAAGACUUUCCAGCACUUUUUCUGUCAUCCUGGCACAUACACGCCGCUCCCCAACGACUUCUCGGACAAACGUCAGUACCUAGUACAAUGCGCGAUCCCAGAAGCCGUCGCUCGCAUCCGCGGCGAAGACGGCAAGUGCCCUAAAGAAGCACGGAGGUUCAUACUCGAACAGCUCCAGGCCAACGACAACACGAACAACGUCUACUCGGACCACUUAUAUAUCUGUAGACUAAUCAGGGCUCUAGCAAUCUGCCAGGUUCCCGACGAGAAGAAAGCCGGUCAGCCGCAAAUGAACAUGUCCAUGUCGUUUGAAGACGGCGAAGAUGAAGAAAUGCUAGAUGCCGUUGACUUGGAACCCGAACAGUUUCGGGACUCAGCGGUGGAAGAAAUCGAGCGGUUCCGUAGGAUGGACCAGUACUCGCCCUCCCACCAAAAUUGCUUCACCAUAGCCGCUCUCGACGCCUUUUGCCACCUAAUGAAGGCAAAGGUCAUCCCCCUCAAUCCUAUCAUGUUCAUCCAGUAUUUACAAGAUAAGACUUUCGACCUGGUCCGGAUUAAGGCCUGCGAAUCGCUUGUCGAACUAGGAUUGCUAAGAAACACAUCAUUCCUACGGUAUUUCUUAGCAUUGGUCAGUACCGACUCUUCGCCCUAUGUCCGAGAUCGACUGUUUAAAGCACUCUGCCGCGGUCUUGCCAGCAUCGCGAUAGGGGAGGACGAGCAGCCUGGUAAACAGGCGCCAGCCCAACCGGCAGAGGACGGCCUCAUUGUCGAGCAGGACACCGCAAUUAUAGAAGCGAAGCAGAAAGCAAAGGCCCGCAAAGAGAAGCUCCCCGCGGCUCUCGAGGCUCUUAAAGCCGAGACCACGGAUGACGAGGACCUACAGGCGGCUGUCUGGAACGCGAUCGAAUCACCCGUUCUUACCGUCGCCGAGCGGAUCAAUUUCCUUGAGCUUUGCUCGAUACUAUUCGAGGAAGACCAAUCUCUGCUGAUACACAUCGCGUAUCCUACCUACUGGACCGUUGAACGCGGCGAGAAGACUCGACACAGAUGUCUGGUCACAUUUAAGAGGCAUUCCAGAACGAAGCCGCGCAAAUCAUACCCUCCUACACAUCCACCUCCACCCAAGCCAGAACCCAAGCGAACUAUCACUCUGAACCUGAACCGUAGUAUGAGCUUCAGCGCGAAAGCUACUACUCCUGCGGCCGUCCAAUCCCCGCCCCCAUCGUCAACGUCAGCUUCUGCCCCUAAACCAUCCGAUACUGUCCUAGUGCCAAAAUCGGCUACCAACUCUACAAAGCAACCGCCCACCCCGAGAGAAAAGGCGAAGGACAAAUCCAAGGAGAAACUUAAGGAGAAACCUAAGGAGAAUCCGAAAGAGAAUCCCAAGGAGAAGCCGAAAGAGAAACCAAAAGAGAAUUCCAAGGAGAAACAAAAGGAGAAGCCAAAAGAUAAGCCAAAGGAGAAGUCAUCCACUCCUAUGCCGAAGCAGCCAGCGGUUCAAGGCCCGAAGGAGAGAACGCCACUAAAGCAGGCGAAGCAAGCAGGCGGCGCCGCCCCGCCACGAGGGGCUACCCCAUCCAUCUCGCUCGAGAAACCGAAGACCAGCGAAUCUUAUAGAGAUAACAUCUCUGCCCUGCCCCCUCCGCGACCUACCAUUGAGCAUGCCCCGCCGGAACCGAAAGCAGGACCCCCUAAAGUCAACGGGAACGGCAAUUUAGCUCCCGCCAAGCCCUCGAAAUCACUGAAGAGGGCGAGCACCGAAAGCGACGGGCCCCGGCCAUCCAAGCUCGUCAAACUCGACACGUCCAGAAUCCCUAGGAAGGAGUUGGAGUUGCUUGGAAAGAGCUCUAAGCCUACCAUGCCCGUCAAGCUCAAGUUCAACGGCUGGCAUAAGUUGCGCCGACGCAAGGACGGCCACCAAGCAGGAUCGAUCCGCGCCGCGCCUAAGCAUCGCAAGCCGGAGGACGCGUCUGGCAGCAAUGGCAGCACCGCACGUCCUCCCGCCCCGACGAUCUCGUCGAGCAAAAAGGUUCCUGCGCAGGCUUCGUCGUCGACAUCGGCGUCUUUCCCUCACAAAGCGCUACCCGCCGCCCCCGGCUUGUCCUCCGCUCACCCGCUCCCUUCUCAACCCUCUUCGCAAUCCUUGUCCCAAGCCCAAGCCCAACCGGGAGGGGGCAACGGCACUGGGAAGCCGCGAAAGCCACUUCCGGACAUGCGUAAACCGCUGCCAUCGGCCGCACCCGGCGGUGCCGCACUGUCGAAGCCCCCUUCGGCGUCGCCUCCCGCGUCCAAAGGCCCGACAAAGUUCAAGAUCAAGUUCAAUCCUCCGCCCUCCUAAAUGGCUUCGCCGCCUGUCUUUAGGGCAGCGGGGAGAUGUGUAAAGGAGCAGCUUGAUCGCCGCUACCGUACUGUGCCGGGGGGGUCUGCGCGAAAGGGGGAGGAGAGGGGGACGGAUGUGACGGAUGGGAUGGGAUGCUUGGGUACGGGACGUGGGACUGGAUGGUUGCUAGUCAUCGGCUGAUAUGGUGUUCGCGAUGGCUGUAUUUUCACUUGCCCUCUUCAUGCGCUCG